AACUAUGAGAUCAUGACCUGAGCCAAAGUCUGGACACUAACCGACUGAGCCACCCAGGUGCCCCAACAGAGUUUUGCUUUUGACGUACACUUUUAACAAAACUUCCUAUUAUUUAUUUAAAUGAAUGAGAUUUCUUAAUACUUACAGCUGGGAGGAAGGAAAUAAGAAACGAAAGAAAAAAGGACGGAGGGAAAGAAAAAAGGAAGGACGGGAGGGAAGAAAGAAAAGCAAGAGAAUCAUUGUUGAACCUUGUCGAUUCUAGCAAAAAGUUAGCACUCAUCUGUGGAUACUAACUGGGAGGAAGAGAAAAAUCCAUUGACAUCUUUAAGAGAUGAAUUUCCAUAACAAAUUUAAUGUUUAAUGAUUAUCAGUGUGAUUCAUUUUAUUUUUACCAGUUAUAUACUACUAGUAAUGUUAAUAAUUCAAUAAAAAAAUAAAAGCCUAUGAUCAGGAAAUGUAAAUUUCCAUUUAUAUGAUAAGGUGAUCAAUAUAACUUUGAAGCAGAAAAACAUUACCUAUGGGGAUAUGAGUUUAAGGAGAGAAAGAAAUGAUGUACACUUUGUGAUUCUCAAAAGAAGCUUACUUAAAAAAAAAGAAUGAUUGUUGGUUUCAAAUUGCUGUAGUUUUUAGAUUCCUUUGGAUAUGUCUUACUUGUGUCAAUAUUUAUAAUUGCUGGAAAUUACAUCCUUUUCAACUACUUAGACAUGUAAUGAAACGUUUUCAACAGCAGCUUGGUGUGCAAUUGGGAGUGGGGAAUGGGGAGGAGGAGGAGGGGGCCUGUUUGCAGGCCUCAGGGCGGCAUCCAGUUUUGUAAAUGAACCCCCAUGGAGGCCGCCAGCUGUAGACAAAACAGUCUCCGUCUCUUGACAGUAUUUGAGACCUUGCACAAAAAACUCUCCUUGUCUCAAUUUAGCUGAUUCUUAAAACUGGGAGACCACAACCUUGCUGGGUUGUUGCAAACAGAGAUAAAUAUCAAAAACCGCAAACCAUCUGGUACGCAAGAAAGAGGCGCGGUGUGCUUGUGUGCUGGGAUAGGCACUGGAGUCCCGACCUACGACAAAGUAACUCCAAACUCCCUGGCCUUGGACCCAACUUCUGGGUGGACUGCGUAGACCCCUCCUCUCGCAGCUUGCUCCCGGAGCCCCGCCUGCGUUUUCCCGGGCGGCUCCGCCCCGGCGGUCCGGAAGCGGGGCGGUCCGGGGACCCAGAUUCCCCCGGGACGCUUCCCAACCUACGGAAUCGGCUGAACAGGAGCCACCGUGCAUUCAAGACCAUGGAUAAAUAUGAUGUGAUUAAGGCCAUUGGGGAAGGUGCCUUCGGGAAAGCUUUCUUGGCUAAAAGGACAUCGGAUAGCAAGCACUGUGUUAUAAAGGAGAUCGAUUUUGCAAAGAUGCCCACCCAAGAAAAAGAAGCAUCAACGAAAGAAGUAGUUCUCUUGGCAAAGAUGAAGCAUCCCAACAUCGUAACCUUCUUCAGUUCGUUUCAAGAGAACAAUAGGCUGUUUAUUGUGAUGGAGUAUUGUGACGGAGGGGAUCUCAUGAAAAGGAUCCAUAGACAACGGGGAGUGUUAUUUAGCGAAGAUCAGAUUCUGAGUUGGUUUGUACAGAUUUCUCUAGGACUAAAGUACAUUCACGACAGGAAGAUCUUACACAGGGACAUAAAAGCACAGAACAUUUUUCUUAGCAAGAAUGGAAUGGUUGCAAAGCUCGGGGACUUCGGGAUAGCAAGAGUUCUGAACAAUUCCAUGGAACUUGCUAGAACUUGUAUUGGAACACCUUACUACCUGUCCCCAGAGAUCUGUCAGAAUAAACCCUACAACAAUAAAACGGAUAUUUGGUCUCUUGGCUGUGUCUUAUAUGAGCUUUGCACACUCAAGCAUCCGUUUGAGGGUAACAACUUACACCAGCUGGUUCUGAAGAUUUGUCAAGCACAUUUUGCCCCAAUAUCCCCGAGGUUUUCCCAUGACCUGCAGGCCUUGGUAUCUCAGCUCUUCGAAGUCUCUCCCCGAGAUCGGCCAUCUAUUAAUUCCAUUUUGAAAAGGCCAUUUUUAGAGAAUCUUAUUGCCAGAUACUUGACUCCUGAGGUCAUGCACGAGGAAUUCAAUCACAGCAUCACUCAUAAAGCAAGAUCAUUGGCUUCUCAACCUCCAGGGAAGGGGAUCCAAGAUUCUAAAAUACAGAAAGCGAGAUUCCAGGGAAAGUGCCUACCAAGAUCAAGGAUAUCAGUGCCUGUUAAAAGGAAGGAAAUAUUACAUAGAAAUGAAUGGAGACCACCAGCUGGAGCCCAGAAGCCCAUAGCCAUAAAAAUGGUAGAAAGGCCCAAACUUCCUGCACUCUGUGGUCAUUAUGAUUAUUAUUAUGCUCAACUUGACGUGUUGCGGAAGAGAACUCAUGAACCAAGUUACCACUGUGUUCCUCCAAAAGAUUCUGGAGUGGAGGAGAAUUAUAAACAGGAAGAAAGCCACAGUCCAUCACCAGGUCAAUGGCCUGCUGAAUACCUUCAGAGGAGAUUUGAAGCUCAACAGUAUAAGCUGAAAGUGGAAAAGCAGUUGGGUCUUCGUCCAUCUUCUGCUGAGCCAAAUCACAACCAGAGACAAGAGCUAAGAAGUAAUGGAGAAGAGUCUAGAUUCCAGGAGCUGCAGAUCAGGAGAAACAAAAUGAAGGAACAGGAGUAUUGGAAGCAGCUAGAGGAAAUACGCCAACAGUACCACAAUGACAUGAAGGAAAUUAGAAAGAAGAUGGGGAGUGAACUAGAGGAUAUUGAAAGAGACUUGAAACAAAUUAGAGUUCAGACCAUAAAGGAAAGUAACAUUCCAGAACAGAACUGUAAAGCUAAGAGAGGAGUGAAAUUUGAAAUUAGUUUAAACCAAUGUAUUUCUGAUGAAGAAACCCUCCAAGAGGAAGAGGUAACGGAUGUGCGAAAUGAAACUUUGACCUUUGAGGAUGACAUGAAGCUUAAGGAGUAUGAAGAUUAUACAGACAAAGCAUUUGAAAAACUCUGUUGUCCAGAAGCAGAGUUGUUCAUUCAAGAUACUGGUGCUGCUGCAGAGAACAGGAGACAGUGGGACGCACGAGCUCCUCAGACUCUCCUGGCGAUGAUGGCAGCUGGUGACAUGACCUCCACCUGUUCCACUCUGCUGGGCGGGGAAUCUACACUCGUUCAGUGUGGCCAAGGGAUUGUGACUGAAGGCGUUCCAGAAAAUAGGAAACAGUGGCGGCACGAAGUGCCAGGAGCUUUAAUGAACGCUUUGGCUGCAGCACGUCUAACAAGUAGCUCAUUUUCUGCCAACGAAGGAGAAUUGGUGGGAACAUUAAAACAGUGGCUUCCUAGAGAAGAUGAGGGAAAUGUGGGAAUGGCCCCUGGCAUCGAAGUAGAUGAGGAACAACCAAGAUCGGACGAUGAUGAUACAAAUUUUGAAGAAUCUGAAGAUGAGUUGAGAAAUGAAGUAAUAGAAUCCCUAGAAAAACUUGCUACUUCUAAAGAGGAAGAAAACAGAGAAGAGUCUCCUGGUUUUUCUAAGGGUGCUGGAAAGUUAGGAGGAGAGGAGAUAAGCAUACAGAAAUAUGCAGCAUUCAGUGAAGGUUUAGAGAAUAUUUCUACUCGAUCUAAUGACAAAGUAUGCAUUGCUGAUGAAAACCAAGAAACAUCAACAACCCAUCAAAAUGUACAAGUGUGAUUAUUGUACUUUUUCUUAUGUGAUAAGUUAGUAUCUAUUAGGUAUAGUGUCUGGGCACAAGUCAUUAAUAUUCAUUCUGUAAGAGUUUUCCAGUCAUCCCAGGGGUUUAUUAAUUUUUCUCCCAAUUUAGACAGUAAGGCUAAUUUGAGUAUAGAAAUUAAUAUUUUUACUUUAAAAUUUCUACCAAGAAAUCUUUCAGACAGUAGAUGUGAUAGGCAGAGGAAUGAGUCUCUCUUCCUGCCACCCCGCAGCACACCCAGUGAUGUGAAUAUAUUGUUACAUGGUAAAGGGGAAUUAAGGUUGCAGGUGGAAGUAAGGCUGCUACUCAGCUGACCUUCAAAUAGGGGAGGGUGUUUUUGAUUACCCAGGUGGGCCCAAUGUAAUCAAAGGGUGUUUAACAGCGGAAGGAGGCAGAAGAGAGAACCAGAGAGAUGUCAGGGUGAGCGGGGAUGAGCCUGGUGCUGCCGCCUUUGAAGAUGGAGGAACAUGCCAUAUGCCAAGGAAUACAGGCAGCUUCUAGAAUCUGGGAAAGGCCAGGCCAUGGACUUUCCCGAGAAGCCCACAGAGGGAACACAGUCUUGCUGACAUCUUGAUUUUGGCUUCUGGAAAUCCACUUUAGACUUCUGACCUACAGAAUUGUAAGAUAGUAAAUUUGUGUUGUUUUAACUAAAUUUGGUAAGUUUAAAUUUGAUAAAUUUAACUAAAUUUGUUAAGACAAUGGUAGAAAACUAAUACAAUGUACAAACAAAUUCAUUUAGAAUAAUCUGCCAUUAUAGAAAACUGUGAUUUGGGGAUUUCUGAAGUCAUACUGAAUACACUUUUCUGAAGCUGAUGUUGACACUCAAGAGAGUAGGGUAAUUGAGCAAAGAGAGGAUCAAGGCCCAUCAUGUUAAUUACACACCAAAUAUUCAUUUUAUUAUGUUUUAUUGAAUUAAUUUCUAAUAGCUUCAAAUGUAUAGAUUAUAAGCUUCUUGAAGGCAAGAAGCCAUCAUCUUACUUACAUCUUAUAUCUUACUUACAUCGUAUGCUGAUCUUUUUAUAUAUGGUGCUUAGCAGAGAACAAUCCCAGUGUUGAACAUGUGCCUGGAGUUUAAUAGAUAUUUGUUGAUUUAUUGUGUUGCUUCUAUGAAGGACAGAGUGGUUAUAAUUCUAAGUGGUAGAAUUCUCCCUGAAAUAGAUGCUCUGGAAUAAAAAUAAAACUGAAAUUACACAUUAAUACAUUGCUAAGCCAAUGAAACAAGGAUGAGGAGGGGUUGGCCACAAUAUUUCUAAGGUCUGCUUAGUAUUUACAUUUGAUAUAAUUUUAUUAAAUGUGGGGAAAAUAUCAAGAUUCCCCUAACUGUCGGAUGCAUCCUGUAUUUUCCUUGGUGAAAGUUCCUUUCAGCUUGGUGUAAGUUCCUUUCAGCUUGGUGUAUAGGGUUUCAAGCUGCUCUUUAAGGGAGAUGGCUCAGUAUGGUCACAUCAUGAGGCUGAGAAUAUUUAAAAAUUUCUUACCACUGUUAAUUUCAACCGUGGUAACACAUGACCCCGAAAGAUUAAAGCAUCAUUAAUCCUACUGACUCUUACUGGUCAGCGUAUACGUGUUUUACUUUUGGAACAUUAUGUGGUUAAGGCAUAAUAAAUCUGUUAAUAUGCUUCAUUUAAUCCUCAUUCUAGAUAGUAAUUGAAUGCAUGGAGAAUGAAACUUGGUUCCUGAAAAUUCCAAAGAUCCAAAGACCAGUCAGUUAUAUGCAGAGAAAAAGGAAAAAAAGAAUGAAUGUUUAGGGUCAAUGUUUAAGGGGCGCCUGGGUGGCUCAGUCGGUUAAGUGUCCGACUUCAGCUCAGGUCAUGAUCUCCCAGUUUGUGGGUUCAAGCCCCGUAUCGGGCUCUGUGCUGACAGCUGAGCCUGGAGCCUGCUUUGGAUUCUGUGUCUCCUCUCUCUCUGCCCCUCCCCAGCUCACGCUCUCUCUCUCUCUGUCUCAAACAUUAAAAAAAAAAUUUUUUUUAAAAAGGUCAAUGUUUAAGAAUAAGCCUAUCAAGUUUGCUCCAAUGACAAGAUGUGUGGCUAAAGUCUCCUUUAGCUAACAGCCACCAAUCCUUAUUCAUUGUAAGAUUUUAAAAUCUUUGCUGUAAAGUAGGAAGUAUUCAUUGUGAUAAGUAUACAUAUCUUCAAGGUUUUUCAACCUACGUCAGCUCCUAAUUCACCUUACCCAUCUUACGUACACUGUUAUCUAAAUCAUGUUCUUGAGGCACAAUUGAUUACUUUAUUCUGGGUUUAGACGUAGCUGCAUUUAUUAAGUUGAAACUAUUGAUUACACCUGCAUGUGUUUUUAGAAUAAAUUUUAUUAAAAAUUAUGCAUCUUAGUAACUAUGUACCCUAGCUAUCAAACUGAUCAUUCUUUAAAUGUGUACAAACUUUUAACUUCCCUUUUAAGUAUCUUGUACCAUGUAUAGUCCAAGUGAGCACGUAGCACUCGAAUAUUAGAACGGAUGCUUCUUUGAAGCCAAGGGUGGCCUUAGAUUUAGGGUGGGGACAGAGGAAAAAGAAUUAGCUGAGGAACAGUGGGAGAGGUAGGGGAAAUUACAGGGGCAUAAUGUGAUUCUAGUAAUUUGCAGAAUUGCUUCUCAUGGUUAACUUUUUUUGUUGUACCCACUGAAAGAUUUAGCACAGACACCCUAUUCAUAUUAGAGUCCUGGAGUCUAGGGUACAUUCACAUAAUUAAACACAAAUAUUCUGAAAGCACUGAUAAUUACAGGGGCUACUCUCUCAGAAUUUUGUCUAUGACUUUGUAAAAAAGAAACCCCCAAAUUAUUAAAACAUAUGAAGUUCUGCAGUGUUUGGUAGGUCUGAAAUAUUCAUUAAAAGGAAAAAGUCUAUUAACCCUGACAACCUAUUCUUCUUGGGUACUAGAGGCGAGACAAUUUUACUUUAUCUUUAAAUUUUUCAUUUUUAUUUUUUAAAUUCUUGGCAUGUGGAGCUUAGAAGUACUGGUAGUAGAUAACAAGUAAUUCCGAAUUGAGAGCCUGCAUGAGGGGGACAAAUACACCAUAUGCGGAAAAGUAUCCAAGAGACUGAAAACCACUUCCUAUCGUACUUAGAGACAAACAGAUUUUGUAUCUAUUAAAGUCAUAUUUAGAUACAAGUAGAGAUACAAAGAACAGGUAUUUUGUUAUGCACAACUGAAAUAAGAAUGUGCAUCCCCACUGCUGUGGGUUCAAAAUAUACUGUUUGGACCACUCAAAAACAAUGUUUUACAGGAAUAGUCACUCAAGAGUUCUUCAGACAGACAGCAGACAUAUUGCUUUGAUGCUUUCCAUGGUUAUCGGUCCUUCCAAAAAAAAAAAAAAAAAGAUGUCCUAUCAUAUUAGGAACAGGGAAGAU